AUGCCAUCCGCCUGGGUGUGUAUUAUUGCGUGACUUUAACGACAAUGCAAAUUUCUGUUGAGACUUUGCCCUCAACGUUGUUCCCUUUUAAAUCAAGCGCGUUUUAUACUUAAUAGGGAAAUUAUAGCUUUUUCGCAGUGUAACUUACCCACUAGUCCUUUCUUAAUAAACCCAACUUCCCCAAGGAUUUUUAGACACACCAAGUCAGUGAAAUCACCCCAAUCGCCCUGUUUGGGGCAUUUUGUUAUGUAUGUUCACUAGUCUGUCCUAGGAUCCAGCUCCCACUCGUUAUAAUCUGCCGCCUGGCAUUUAUUUGCAAUGAUGGCCGCCGAUCAAAAAAAAUUUUGUUUUGCGACAUUUUCUGAUCUUAAACCUCUAUAGAAUCUCAUGGCAUCUUUAGAGAAGUUGCAGAAUGAAAUUCUCCUCAAGGAAGAGGCGUUUCUGAGGGAAGAAAAGGCUAAGCUAAUGGAACAGCUGAACAAGCUGAAGGUGAAGCCUCUACUGAAUUUCCAAAUUUUUAGUUUACCUUGCUCAAGAAUCGAAGCGUUUUGUCACUAACUAAAAUGUUUCAGGUGGAAGAAAUGGCCCUUAUGAAGUUAUUAGAGCAAGACAGCGUGAAUCCCCAACAGACCACCAUGGAACUGUUUAGCAAGACUUCUCAAGUGGUAGGUGUACGUUGUUAUUUCCACGGAUCAAACCUCGUUCAAACGAUAAAAUUAUAAAAGCCAAUACUAUCUUUUUCUCGCAAAGCAGAAAUGUAAAGGGGAAGUGUCACUACCAAAAUGUUUUGAUAACAUUAACUGUGAAAAUGGACUAAGUUUGUUUAAUUUUUAAGUUUUUGACAUCAACUCAAGUAUAAGUACAAUCUUUUUUGCACAAUUUUUCGUUUCAGUCUUCAUCAUCCAGCCUUAAGAUUGAUGAAGUCAAUCAUAUCCCACUGCAAGGACUAAAAACCACUGAGAUGUAAGAAGUUUAUAUUUUUAUGAUUUUUAAAAUCAUUGUUAUAUGUUCAGCAAAAGUAUUUCAACUACUUUCUUACCAAUAAUACAGGAAACCUCUGUGAAAAGUACUUGUACAUCAACAGGCAAAGUGCUAAAAUAAUUAUUGACCAAUGAUACAUUUUUUUUAAACUGAGUGAGUAUGAAAGCAAGAUCAUGUCUUGUCAACCCUUUGCACCCUAACAUUAGAAUGCAUAUUAAUUCUCCAUACUGUUCUCUAUACAUUUCCUAAGGUGCUGACAAGGAGAAUUUGCUUUACAAUCAAGAGCUCCUUUAGUUAGUGAUCACUCCCUUUAUUUUCAUGGCGUUACUGUUUGAUUUAGGGGUGAUAUGGUAAGGAGAAAUGAGAAGCUAGGAGGCCCCCUCAGAAAUUACUAUUUUGCUAAAAAUAGAUGAGUAUUAGGUCAACUUUGGUGUUCAAACAUGUGAUUUUAUAGGAAUAAUGACAUUUAUCAAGGGGAAGAAGAAGAAGAUGAAGAUGAUAUGGAUGAUGAUGAACCUGCUUACAGUGAGUGAAAUCAAUUCUAGUUGUCAUUGUUACUGUUCAAGUAGUCACAGUAUUUAAUCUCAAUUGAUCAGAAUAAAACUGAAUCCACAAAAUUCUUGUUGCAAGUUGAUCAGUGUAUUUAAUACAAUGUAUGAGGAUAGAUGUGCAUGCUUAUUACAGUUGGUUUAAGUUUUACAUUUUGAUUUUUCCAGAUGAAUAUAUUACCUAUUUAUUCUUUCCUACUGGUAACCCCAACCAGUGAUCAGUGAGUAAUUUCUCUAUGCAAUAUAAAUACCAUAUCAUGCAGAAGGGCAAUGAGAAUAAAGAAGAACAUCAACAAGGGGACUAUAUAGAUUUAACUCUGAAUUCUCAGAACUGCAUUUAAAAGAAUUAUGUGGCAGGAACUAAGGAGAAUUACCAUUGAGAUAGAGGGAGUUUAGGUUUAAAGAGCAUAUAGGAGCAAAACCAGGUUUAGGUUCCAGAUUUUUCUCCUGAUAAUGUGAACAGUAUACUUCAUAAUAUUUAUGUAAUGGUACAGUACUUUGAAAAUCCUUUUGUAUUAAAUGAUACAUUUUUUAUUAUUUAAUAGGUCAGCAGUUACUGAAUGCAAUAUCAAGUAUGCAUCAACAAAACAAUAAUGUUGAUCUGGACAUUUCUAGGUAAGAUUUGGGUGUUCAAAUAUUUAGUUCAAAAUUGUCCUUGGAAUGAAGGAUACUAGGUUAAACUCUUCUUAAAUUAAGUUUAUCUCUGUGGUUAGAAGUCUAACUUUUAGAAUUUAAUUUUCUUGUUGGGAAAACACCACAUGAACUACUUUGUCUUCAUUAUUUAAUACAAAUUGUUCCUAGGGGUUGGGUUGUGUCCUAUCAGUCUGUAGUGGCCCCAUCAAUGCUGAGGUGUCACCCAGUUCUUGUAGCUUGAAAUGACCAGGAGAGUUGUAAAUCCACUUGGAUGGAAUUGUUCAAGCUGCAAUCCAUCCCAGGUUGAGGAAACCUCCUGGCAGCAGUUUCUAAAGUUUUCCCAAUUAUUUUUGCAGUAUUAAUCUGUUUUCCUUGGUGAAGAAAGGGGCACUAAUAGAAUAAAAUUUUGUCAAGUCUCCCAUAGAGAUAACUCAAUGACUCCUAUUCACUCUCAAACCAAGACAUUUCCAUUCCCAAUCCACCAUGCUAAUAAUUCUUCACAAAAUCUCUCAUUCCAAAGUUUAUUUUAUGUUUUCAAAGUGACCUAAUUCUGACAUCAUUUUCCUUUUAUCUCAAUAUAAUUUAGAUCUGUUUUAGAGAAUGUACUGCAACAAGAGAUUGAAGGUUUUGAUGACGAUGAUGAGGAAGAAUAUCUUUAUUGAUUGCUUCUGGGAAUAUAUUUCUUGCAUGUUACAAGCUGUGUUACACUGAACAAAGAACUCAGUCACAAUACUACUAGAGACUUCCAUGAUUUUGAAGCAAUGGUUGGAAGAAUUGAUCCAAACCAAGACAAAGCCAAAAAAUAUUUUAUAAAAACAACAGCAACCAUGAUUGUACAUACCAGAUAUAAAUAGUAAGUUUGAAAAUUUGUAAAUUGGGAAAUAAACUUCAUUAGUUUCAUCUGCAUUGUUGAUUGAAGUACCAGUUACAAUGUUGUUUGUUUAUUAACAGCUUUACUUGCAUACUGCUUAUCAUUGUUAAAGUCAAGGGUUCUAUUCAUCCUGUACAUCCUAACAGCAGUAUGCUCAUUCUCUAUACAUUUCCUAAGAUGCUGAUAAGGAUCAUUCGUGAUCAUUUCUUUUAUUCUUGUGACUUUGUUUGACUCAGGGGUGAUCUUGUGCAGAGAAAUUAGAUGCAAGUUAAGUUUUCCCCAACUCAUGGCACUCUUUGUGACUUGACUGUGGUGAAUAAAUGUAAGAUGAAAUUGCAACAGAACAAAUCAUAAGUUUUUUUAAGGUGUUCCAAAACAUGUUACUCUCUCUAAAACUGAAAAAAGGGCAAGUUUUAGAAUGUAAGUUCUGACUGCUAACUUCAAGCAAUUUUCCAGAAGAUUGUAUAGCAAGGAGG